GUUGUGCCGUCGGCAGUGGCUUCGCCGACAAAGAAUAAAUAGCUGAAUGAUCCAUCAGAGACUCGUUCCAUGUGCAGCAUGUUGAAAGACCGCACACUUUUUGCAAAACACCGCCCCGAAUUGGGUGAUUUGCCCCAAGACGUGACCGCCCCUCCGAUGCAUUCUCCGCUAAGCAAGACUGAGGCAAUCUAGACUCGAUCACAGGAAGAAUAUCUCGAAUAUGUCGGUGGUGUUCAACUUCAACUCUCUGAGGCAACCUCAGACACCCACGGAGACAUCUCCAUGCAGCACAAUGAGGAGCACGAAGUACAUCCACGUGCUCGACCCAUCGUACUCGACCGGCACAGCGUCCACGCUAGAUUCCGGCUCGAUAUACAGCUCCUACGGAAGAUCUCUCAUCCGUAGACCUUACUCCAGAAUGAAUUCGCUGAAAUCGAGACCUCAUCAGAGACCGGAUCCGGUGGAAUCGCUCGGCACAUUCGGGAAAUGGCAUUUCGUGAUCCUGAUCUACACGCUCAUCUUAGGUUUAGUGAUAGCUUUCCACGACACGGUCGGACUCGACUUUCUCGCCCCCCGCAACAUCGCCUAUCAAUGCGACUACUUCGGCGACGGUUCCGCCGUUCCAAGUGUUCAGGGUCGAUCCGAAGUUCUAGACUCGAUACGACUACGCGAUGCAGAGCGGCAUAUCAUAGAGAGGUGCUUCAUCCGGGAUUUCGAUAUACGGAACGGGUCGGAUCUGAAGAAAGACGAUCUCAGAGUCAACGGAAGCGAGAUCGUCGUUGUGGAUCCAAACUCGUCGAAGCCCUGCACAAGAUGGGUCUUUCCGCAAGACGUGCACAAACGGACCAUGAUUGAAGAGUGGGAGUUGGUCUGCGACGCUUCAUGGCUCUCACUUUUCCCGCGUGGUGCUCACCUGGCCGGUCUUUUCUGCGGGGCUUUGUUCUGGUCAAUGUUGGCCGAUCGUUGGGGCCGGGUCCCUUCGAUUGUGCUGGCCAAUAUACAACACGUUGCAUUUUCGGUAACAGCUGCGUUUAUGCCGUCGUGGGAAUACUUCGCACUGGCAAAGGCGGGUUCCUCUUUCGGUCUGGGAGGCAUGCUCGUGGCGUUCGUUCUCCAAAUGGAGACAUUGGUUCCUCAUAUGAGAUGCUGGGUGGCUGCAGGUCUUUUCUUGAGCUGGUCCCUCGGUAUCGUUGCGCUGCCUGCUGCAGCUCUAUGGAUCUCGCCGAACUGGCGAUACCUGCAACUCGCCAUCACGGUAGUCUCCGUCGUGCUCCUGCCGCUCUUACUAUUCUUCCGAGAGAGCCCAAGAUGGCUUCUCACGAGUGGGCGACAUGAAAGAGCUGAGAAAUGUAUCUCGGGCAUAGCGAGAAUCAAUGGGAAAAUAUUCUCCGAAAUGGAUGCAAUCCACGUUCGCCAGAGCUACCUCGACCAGGAGAGUUACCUGAAAACUCGCGACUACAGCAUGUUUGAGCCCAACGUGCGCACCAACAGUGUGUGCACCUUCAUCAUCAUGGUCAUUCUUGGCUACUUGUUAUAUUUCGGCAAUUCACCGACGCAAACGAUUGCGGAUCCUUAUGGCUUCAUGGCGCACCCUCGCGAUAACCUCUUCUGGGGUUAUGUGAUCUGGUCGGUGACUGAGAUCACGGCUGCAGUUUUCGCGAUGUACGCCUUGCGGUUUUGGAGUCGUAAAUGGACCUCGGUGUUUUGUUAUUUACUUUUGGCGGGAGUCUACGCCGCCACAGUCCUAGUACCCAGAUAUCUCGGCAAGAACAUAUGGUACGAUGCCGGCAUGGCAAUGGGGGGCCGUUUUCUGGCGUCCACGUGUCUGGCGAUAGUAUCUGUUUAUUGUGAUGAAGUAUUUCCGACCACCGUGCGUGCUCUCGGCUCCGCCAGCAAGCACGUGUUCUUCCGCUUCGCUCUGCUUGCAGAACCGUUAUUCAGAGACAUGGUACCUACGCAGGAGCUCCCCGAAGCCGGAGCUAUAAUCAACGGCAGCCUUUGCCUCGUCUCGAUUCUUCUCCUCAUCAUACUGCCAGAAACUUACAAUAAACCUCUGCCGGACACGGCGCAUGAUGUUUCGAUGCUGAGGUAAGCUCGAGCCGAGAAAGGAACCGUCACCACCUCCUUCACAUUCGACAACUUCGUGCAUACGAAGUUCUGA